AUGUCAGAUCCGGCGCCCACACUCAUGUCUGAUUUGCCGCAAGGCUACGUGAUUUCGUUUUCACUAAGGUCACUGCGCCACGAGGCACGCCGGAUCCUUGAAUGGUUUAAAGACCAUACCAGUGGCAGUCAGUGGAUUGUGGUUCUUGGUCUGUCGUCAACCAUGAUUGAAACCCUUACGACCGAACGCAACGCCCUUCACGAUGUACCGUAUCGCUUCCAAUGGGAGGGCACGACUGGCCUGAUCGAGGUUGUCCCCAGAGGAGAACAUGAGGGCGCUACAUCACAGUUCUCUAUGGUAAUCCACGAUGAGCUUAAAGCUAUGGGCCUCCCUCGUGAGGUGGUUUGGGAGGUGGUUUGGGUUGGAUCUAAAAGAUACCGCUCCGAGACAACAAGUUCAGUCCGGAGACGAUUGUUGAUUGGUCAGAGGGAGAUCUACUGUAUGGCGACAACUUCACCAUACGACCGGAUAUCUUCCAUGACCUUUUUGCCAUGGGAGGAUCUCGCCGGCCGCGAGUUCCUCACGCACUGUCCGCCGGAUGUACCCCCUCGUCAUCGAAUUGUGGCUCUUUUAGGCACGACAGAUCUCAACAAUGCAAGCCGGCCCGGUGGCGACGGGUGGUUUGUAUCAGAUUGCUACCUUUUCCAUUAUCUCCUUGCCCAGCAAUUCUAA